AUGGAAACAGCAAGCAUUCCAUUUAAAGUGCAUCAGUGUUCUAAGUGUCCGGGGGACACAGAGUACUAUUGUGUAUCGUGUCCAUUUGAUAUGUGUCCCCAGUGUAAAGAAAACCAUGUAAAAGAUCUCAAAACAAUUGACCAUGAUGUUGUGUCAUACCGUGAUAAAAUAAACUACAUCUCAACACAAGAGAUGUGUGUGAGACAUCCUAUCUGUGUGAGACAUCCUAUCUAUGUUUAUAGAAAGUACUGUGAACCGUGUCAAGUUCCUGUCUGUUUCUAUUGCACACAGCAUAGAAAUCACCGACAAUCACUUGUUAGAAGAGCUUACAAGACAAAGCGACAACAACACAAAGGAACCAUUCACACCAUCAGAAGUGAGGCUCUCUUUUACAGACCUGUUCUUCUGCCACGAAUCAAAUCUGAUUUCAAAACCUGUCGCGCAAAAUUCUUUCUCUAUCAAUCAGAGAUGUUAACAAAGGCCCAGAAACUGAAGCAUCUCAUUGACUAUUUACAGAAAGAUUUCAUGUGUAAUGUGUUCUGUGACUUUGAUUUCAAACACAGAUGUUUAAAACAGAAGAGAGAAAUGAUCAUACAUAUUGUCAGCCUACAGAGAUAUGUACACAUUUAUGAACAGAGGAGAGUAAUCAGACCGCUACAAUUCCUCUCCUCCAUAAAGACAGCCCUUCCCCAGAUACAUCCUACACUCCACACCAGCCAGCUCUCCAUGACUGGGUCAAUCAACAAGGAGGAUGUGAUGGAGUCACUGAGUGCAAUCCAAAUCACAGAGAGAGGAAACCGACGCGUAGUAAACCAGUGUCUGCUGAAACUGACGUCUGGUCCUGAGUUCCAUCUCUCUCUCACAGUGACAGGUGUUGAUCGUUGUUAUCACAUUUCCUGUGUGAAAUCAGACCGGGUCUGGGUCAGUGAUUGGAGAAACAAACUCAUCUUGACAGACACAACAGGUGUCCCUCUACAUCGUUUGAAGGAAUUAUGUAGUGGCUUAUGUGUUAACAUGUAUAGAGGAUUACACACAGUGAACAGUGACUGUGAACUGAUUUAUAUAGAUAGGAAUGAUAACAUCAACAUACUGUCAAAGGAUAUGAAAACAACCACCACAUUUAUAGAGAGAACAGACUCUAUAUGGGAACCACGGUGUGUGUACUGGUCCCCGUCCACUGGGGAUCUACUGGUCGGGAUGUGUUACAAUUUUACAAAGACAGGCACGAAAACAGGCAAGGUGACCCGGUACAACAAGAGUGGACAACUGACACAAACCAUAGAACAUGACAACACAGGAUGGGGACUGUAUAGACAACCUAGCUAUAUAACAGAGAACAACAAUGGGGAUGUUGUGGUGUCUGACUAUUGGCCUGGUGUAGUAGUGGUGACAGAGCGUGGAGGAAGACAUCGGUUCUCCUACACAGGCCAUCCAUCAGGAAUAGGACUACAACCACGUGGAAUCUGUACUGACGCGCUGUCACACAUCCUGGUGUGUAGUAAUGUAACCAACACAGUACAGAUGUUGGACAGGGACGGUCAGUUCCUGUCACAUCUACUGACAAAAUCACAAGAGAUGGGUGAACCACGGAGCCUGAGUUAUGAAGUCAACACUCACCGUCUCUGGGUCGGAUCACGGGACAACAAGGUGUGUGUCUACAGGUAUAUCACCAGACAGGACGCUCUGACAGAUCAAAGUCAUGUGAUGGAGUCACUGAGUGGAAUACCAACCCCAGGGACAGAAAAACCACAGCAAGGACACCAGUGUCUGCUGAAACUGAUGUCUCCCCCCGAGUUACUUCACACUCUCACAGUGAGAGAUGGUGGUGGUUGUGAUCACAUUUCCUGUGUGACAUCAGACCGGGUCUGGGUCAGUGAUAGGAACAAUCUCAUCUUGACAGACACAACAGGUGUCCCUCUACAUCUUGUGGAGGAUUCACGUUGUGGUUUAUAUGAUGGUAAAGGAUCACACACAGUGAACAGUGAAAGUGAACUAAUUUAUAUAGAUAGGAAUUGUAACAUCAACAAACUGUCAAAUGAUAUGAAGACAACCACCACAUUUAUAGAGGGAACAGACUCUACAUGGAGACCACGGUGUGUGUACUGGUCCCCGUCCACUGGGGAUCUACUGGUCGGGAUGUGUUAUAAUCAUACAGUAACAGGCAAGGGAACCCGUACAUGGACAGGCAAGGUAACCCAGUACAACCAGAGCGGACAACUGACACAAACCAUACAACACAACAGCACAGGACGGGGACUGUAUAGACAACCUCUCUAUAUAACAAAGAACAACAAUGGGGAUGUCGUGGUGUCUGACUAUGAUGAUGUCUAUGAGUCUGGUGCUGUAGUGGUGACAGAGCGUGGAGGAAGACAUCGUUUCUCCUACACAGGCCAUCCAUCAGAAAUAGGACUACAGCCACGUGGAAUCUGUACUGACGCGCUGUCACACAUCCUGGUGUGUGAUGGUAAAACCGAAACAGUACAGAUGUUGGACAAGGACGGUCAGUUCCUGUCACAUCUACUGACAAAAUCACAAGAGAUGGGUGUACCACGGAGCCUGAGCUAUGAUGUCAACACUCACCGUCUCUGGGUCGGAUCAUACAAAAAGGUGUGUGUCUACAGGUAUAUCACCAGACAGGACGCUCUGACAGAUGGACACAGACCCCGUCCUGAUGGGGGUGCCAUGUUUAGAUGA